AUGGCUCAGGUAGAAACACUAAAACAUAAACGCACAACCUUCAAAUCAAGAAUUACAAGAUGCAACAAUUGGAUUCAAUCGGACGAUUCCACAGCAACGACUGAACUCAUUGAGGAAAAAUUGAAAACCAUUCGAGAGAAAUUCGCCGAAUGGGAACAGAGCAACGCCACACUCCUCGAACUGGACCUGGACCAUCUAGCAACAAAUCUAGCAGAAACAGAAUCUGUGGAAGAUUUUUAUCACAUCACAGUAGCAGCGCUGAGACGUUUGAUAGGCUCCAAAACUCAGCCUGCCCCACAAGCACCACCACCACAACAGGUACUAGCUGGCUACUCUUCACAUUUCAAUAUGAAACUGCCAGAAAUCACUCUCAAUAAAUUUGACGGUAGUUUCGAAAAAUAUCGACCAUUCAAGGACCAAUUCAAUGCUCGUCUUCCCAGUAGCAUUGAAAAGGUUAUCAGACUCCAGUAUCUCCAAUCUCUGGUAAUUGGAGAAGCUCGUCAAGUGAUCGAAGCAUUGGAGAUCACUGCAGACAACUAUGAUGCGGCCUGGGCCUUACUCGAUAAGAAGUACGACAUUCCCAGGCAAGCCCUUCGACGUCAUUGCUCUCUACUUCUCAACGUAGGAAAGAGAAACACAGAGAGUAAUAAAUCAUUGACUGACCUCGUGAACUUCGUACGCCAACAACUACGGCUAAUCAGUUCCUUUGGUACUGCAGAAAAUCAACUGAAUGGCCUAAUCAGUACUAUCAUUCUCAAUCAGCUGGAUGAUGACCUCGUGUUCCAGUGGGAGACACACAUUGAAGGUAAUGACAUGCCAAAGUACGAGCAACUACUCGACUUUCUGGAAAAACGUGGAAUCUGUGCUAAAAGCAGUGCAGAGUCAUCAAAGCACAACAAACAAAAGAAUGACCAACAACUGAAUAAGAACUUCAUGCAGAAGAACUCACAGCCAAGGCAAUCAAGCAGCACAGCAUCUGGUCAUUCAUCUACAUCGAAGGCACAAACUUUCUUCACCAACACCCCCAGGAAGUGCCCCAUCUGCGACCAAGACCACAGGAUAUACGAGUGUCCCAAGCUUAAUGCAAUGAAUGUUGAGGAUCGUGUAAAACUCAUGUUCAAGCAAGGUCGCUGCCUAAACUGUCUCUCAAGGGGACAUGGAGUUAAGGAAUGUACCUCAAAGGGUUUCUGCAGGAUAUGCAAUGAUUCAACCGCAAGACACCAUUCAUUGCUCCAUCGUGACAAGGACUCUUCAUCAACAUCACAGGACAAGAUAUACUUCCAACAGCAACGAUCAAUCUCCUCAACAAAAACCACCAACCAGUACAGUGCCGCGCCCUCAUCGACACUGGAUCCACCAAGAACUUCAUUACUCAGGAAUUGGCUGAUGAACUUGGCAUCAACAAGAAUCUCAUCUCUCGUGCCCAGUGAACAAAUCGACAGAGAAUCACUGGAGAUUCCAAAGAAUUUGCCUCUUGCAGACCUGGACUUCCAUAAACCUGCACCAAUUCAAGUUUUAUUGGGAUCCAGCACCUCCAUCUCCAUCCUCAGUAUAGGACAGAUCAAGCUCUCCAACGCAGCAGACGUCCAUCUCCAGAAGACAUUAUUUGGUUGGAUUGUCUGUGGGAGCGUGAGUGACGAGUCCGAUCACCAUCAAGCGAAAUGUCACUUCACUGACAUCAUCGAUGAAUUUAAAAAAUUCUGGGAAAUCGAAGACAUCGCUCUCAUAGAGAGCCGACAAUCAGAAGCAGAAGCAGCCUGCCAGGCUCAUUUCACGCAAAAUGUGUCACGCAAUCCAGAAGGGCGAUAUGUAGUGGCAUUGCCUUUCAACGAGAAGAAGGAUCAACUUGGUACUUCAUAUCUCCAGGCGAAACGUCGCCUGCUCUCACUGGAACGGAAAUUCAAGUGGAAUCCCAAGCUAGCAGAAGACUACACUAAGGUGAUCAAUGAGUACAUGGAUCUUGGCCACAUGAAGAGGAUUGAAGCAGAAGUUGAAGAUGGCUUCUACCUUCCUCACCACGCAGUCUUCAAAGAGACCAGUCUCACCACCAAAACCAGAGUUGUAUUCGAUGGUUCAGCACGCUCUAGCACUGGAGUCUCGCUCAACGAAGCCCUGAUGGUUGGCCCAACCAUCCAGGACGAUAUUCUUUCUCUAGUGCUGAGAUUCAGGCUCCAUAAUUACAUUUUUACUGGAGACAUCGAAAAAAUGUAUCGCCAGGUGCUGAUCAGACCAGAGGAUACAAAAUAUCAACGAAUACUUUGGCGAGAACAUGGGAAUAUCAAUACGUAUGAGUUACAAACUGUCACGUUUGGACUCUCCUCUGCUCCAUUCCUUGCAGUCAGAUGCCUACACCAGUUGGCUGACGACGAAUACGAGAAAUAUCCACUAGCAGCUUCACGACUCAAACAAGAUCUAUACGUUGAUGAUCUCGUCACUGGGACGUCAACACUUGAAGAAGCCCUACUUCUCCGAAACGGAAUGAUCAAUCUGCUGAAGGCAGGCGGUUUCAAUCUACGACAAUGUGCUUCCAAUUCUCCAGAAAUUCUCCAAGGACUCCCAGAAUCGACUGUCAAUCUUCAACUGCUCGGUGGAGAUGAUCCAACGCUCAAAACUCUUGGAAUUCAUUGGGAUUCACAGAAUGACAGUAUUGUGUAUACUGUCAACCCCAUAGCCACCAGAGAUGUCAUCACCAUGAGAACCAUAGCAUCAGACGUCGCUCGCAUCUUCGAUCCUCUUGGUUUACUCAAUCCAGUAGUAACCCACGCAAAAAUCAUUCAGCAAGAACUGUGGAAGCUUAAAUUGAACUGGGAUGACUCCACACCAACAGAGAUUCACACUAGAUGGAACGAAUUUGCAUCGCAACUUCCUCUUCUCAACGAAAUAAAAUUCAAGCGACAAGUCACAUCAAAUCUACAAGAAAAAUUGGAAGUACAUGGUUUCUGUGACGCAAGUCAAAGUGCCUACGGAGCCUGCAUCUAUCUGAAGACUACUGAAUGCACUGGCAAAGUCCAGGUGCACCUCUAUUGUGCUAAAUCUCGAAUUACACCUCUAAAGGGCAAUCACACCAUCCCUCGCCUGGAACUCUGUGCAAUGGAACUCCUUUCAAACCUGUAUGACACAGUGAAGAAGGCAACAAACAUCACACCGCAACGGGAAGUUUUUUGGUCUGACUCUACUGUCGCUCUUCAUUGGAUUAAAACUUCCCCUCAUCUCCUCCAACGAUUCGUGGCCAACAGGGUGGCUCGAAUCCAAGACCUCACCAAGAAUGUCGAGUGGAGACAUGUACGCACACACGACAAUCCAGCAGAUGCAGUGUCUAGAGGUGAACUUGCCUCUGACUUCCUGAAGAAUAAACUCUGGCUACAUGGACCCACUUGGCUUCAACAGCCUGAAGAGCAGUGGCCUCAUCUCUUCCUCGAAAAACCCAAGGAAUUACCUGAAUUGAAGAAGGUCACCUGUCUCCAUAUCACUGAACCAGCAAAAAAUCCUUUUCUACAUCAAUAUUCGUCAUUCGAAAAGCUCAAGCGAAUCACAGCAAGGUGUUUAAGAUGGCAAAAACGAUUUUCCCAUUAUCACCUCACUCUUCAAGAACUCCAAGCAGCAGAGAUCAGGAUUCUCCAACUGGUUCAACAAGAAGGCUUUCACACAGAACUCUCACUACUUCAGCAAGGCAAACCCCUUCCAGCCAAGAGUCGGUUGAACAACCUCAGUCCACAACUUGAUGAGAAGGGUCUCAUUCGAGUGGGUGGACGGCUACAGAAGGCUCGUGAUAUUCCUCUGGAUAGUAAAUAUCUCAUAUUAUUACCCAGGGGUCACUACAUCACUCAUCUCAUCAUCCAAAAGACUCAUUUGAUCAAUCUUCAUGCUGGUGUCCAAGCAACAUUGCAUUUUCUCAGGCAACGCUACUGGCCCAUUGAUGGGUGCAGUCAAGUGAGACUCGUCAUACACAAGUGCAUCAACUGCGCCAAGGUGGAUCCAGCUCCAGUCAACUAUCAGAUGGCAGAUCUCCCCAGCGCACGAAUCACACAAGCCAAACCCUUCACCCACACUGGAUUGGACUAUUGUGGUCCAUUCCUCAUCAAGGAAAGACGAUAUCGCAAUACCAAAAAGGUCAAAAUCUGGAUUUGCAUAUUUGUCUGCUUCACCACAAAGGCCGUGCACAUCGAAUUAGUUGAUGACUUGACCAGCGAGGAAUUUCUUGCUACCCUCAGUCGAUUUAUCUCCAGACAUCCGUCUUGCAAGGUUCUUCACUCCGACAACGCAACGACAUUCGUUGGUGCGUACAGGGAAUUGAAGGAUCUCUACACUCUCCUCAAUGACAAAAAUCAUGCUGAUUUUAUCCAUCGACACCUCGCUGAUCAAGGCAUCGAAUGGGACUUCAUUCUCCCUGUAUCUCCACACUGCGGUGGCAUUUGGGAAGCUGCCGUAAAAUCCUGCAAACAACACAUGAAGAAAGUCAUCGGGAAUUAG